UGUCCACCAAUCGAAGUGGACGAACAGAUAGCGUAAAGUUGAGUCGUUUGUUAUUUAUCCUCCCCCUUUGAAAGUUUAUGAAAAAGAGGGAUCCCAAGACAAGGCCGGUCACGUGUUUAUAGACACGAGCAGCGAUUGGUUUAAACGACAAGAGAAGGCGUGGCCACGGCGGCGGCGUGGGUUCGCUUGAGUGACACAAUUAUAACAAGUUGGAACUGGCGGCUGAAGGGGAAGUUUGUGAUAUCGUUACAUUGACACUUAACGAAAUAAACAAAAAUCGGCGUUGUUAUUUUGCGUGCCUAAUUCGGGGUCGGGAAAAGCGAGUAGGAUUUGUAUGGAAGACAAUGUGAAAAGAGGGCUGUUUUGAGGAGAGUCUUUUCCUGGACGGAUUUUGGCAUCUGCUCAUAUUGCGUUUGGGAUCCGCACAGAGGUGCUGGGGGACGGCGAGCUGGUACAUUAAUCCGGUGGCGUGGCUCUGCUGCUUCUUUUUGACUCUUCCAUGAAAUCGUGGGGAGUGUCAGUGGCCUCUGCAGCCUGCACCGCCGCAACAGCCGCCGCUGCUGCUGCUGCUGCUCGGAGUCUCGGCGAUGAUGAUGAGGAAAAGAAAAUGGCGGCGCGGAAACCGAGUGAAAGCGAAGAGGACUUUCCAAAGCUCACAGCUGAAGAAAGAGAAUGCUUGGCUGGCGUUGACAGCUCACUGUUUGGAUUUCAGAGGCUUCAUGAAGAUGGCGCCAGAACGAAGGCCUUGCUGUUAAAGGCCAUUCGCUGCUAUGACGCCUACAUCUUGAAAUCCGAAGGAAAAGUUGAGCCUGAGGUGUUUUGCCAGUUAGGCCAUUUCAACCUCUUGCUAGACAAUUACCCUAAAGCAUUAUCUGCAUACCAGAGGUACUACAGUUUACAGUCAGACUACUGGAAGAAUGCUGCCUUUUUAUAUGGCCUUGGCAUGGUUUACUUCCAUUACAAUGCGUUUCAGUGGGCGAUAAAAGCCUUUCAGGAGGUGCUUUACAUUGAUCCCAGCUUCUCUAGAGCCAAGGAGAUCCACCUGCGGUUGGGGCUGAUGUUUAAAGUCAACACAGACUACGACUUGAGCCUAAAGCAUUUCCAGCUGGCUUUGAUUGACUCCACACCCUGCACUUUGUCUAAAGCUGAAAUUCACUUCCACAUUGCUCAUUUAUAUGAAAUUCAGAAGAAGUACCGUGCAGCAAAAGAAGCAUAUGAAAGUCUGUUACUGACCGAGAAUCUCCCAGUACAGGUGAAGGCAACCACUCUUCAACAACUGGGCUGGAUGCAUCACACAGUAGAACAGCUAGGAGAUAAAGCUAACAAAGACAGCUAUGCUAUUCAGUGUCUGCAGAAGUCUCUGGAAACAGAUCCUGACUCUGGACAAUCUUGGUACUUCCUGGGCAGGUGCUACUCCAGUAUUGGAAAGGUCCAGGAUGCGUUUAUUUCAUACAGGCAAUCCAUUGAUAAGUCAGAGGCUAGUGCUGAUACUUGGUGCUCAAUAGGUGUGUUGUAUCAGCAGCAGAACCAGCCGAUGGAUGCACUUCAGGCCUACAUAUGCGCAGUACAGCUGGAUCACAGCCAUGCAGCUGCCUGGAUGGACCUGGGAACCCUCUAUGAGUCCUGCAACCAGCCUCAAGAUGCCAUCAAAUGCUACCUUAACGCCACCUGCAGCAAGUCCUGCUCUAACGUUACUGCCCUCACUGCCCGUAUUAAAUGCUUACAGGCUCAGUUGUGUAAUCUACAACAAAGUAGUCUACAGAGUAAAAGUAAAAUGCUCCCUAGUAUUGAGGAGGCAUGGAGCCUACCAAUUCCAGCAGAGCUUACCUCCAGACAGGGAGCCCUGAACACAGCACAGCAGCAAGCAGGAAAAUCUCAUCAGCGUGGUGAAGGUCAGUCCCAGCUCCCAGCACAGACACUGCCUCCACACAUGCGCUCUAAGUCAGUUGACCAGUCGAGUCCUAGCAAGCGGAAGAGGACUACUAGUCCAUCCAAGAGUUCAGGUGACAUCUGUACCAACAAUCCAGUCCAGCAGCAAGUUCCAAACUGGUACCUAACUCCCCAGAAGAUUCAGCUCCUGGAACAGUUGCGGGCUAACAGGGCAAACCUGAAGCCAAUGCAGCUUCAAAUGUUAGACCAUUUGGAAAAACAAUUCAUUCUUAUGCAGCAGCAUCAGCAGAUGAGAUUGAAUGCUGCUGGCGAAAUACGGCCCACCUUAUCCAAUGGCCCUUGUCCAAAAAGUGACCCAUCACUGCCUGAUUCAAAAUCGCUCCCAUCACCGCGCCAUACACCAGUUGCGCUCUCCAACGCCCCAAACACCACUCCGCCCUCAUUUCGGACACCCUGCACCCUUCAGCCAAUGGCCAAUGGACCUAUUCCUGCGAGCCCCUCCCCCUGCAGUACUGCUGGAGCCCUGGCUAACACGGAGAAAAACUCUGUGGGCAAUAAUCACUUACCAGGGCCAGGGAGCAAUGGAAAUGUGCCUUACCUGCAGCAAAACGCACUACCUCGUAACUGUGCAACCCCUACCAGCAGCAGCAGCACAAUGAAUGAUCAGCUGUGGAAAAGCCAACAUGUCAGUCCCACUCAGGGGCUUAACAAAAGUCCGGGUUCGCAUUUAGCAGGUCCCAAUGGUGAGCGGCCACUUUCUUCCACAGGGACGUCUCCACCUUCCUGCACUAGCGUUCCAAAUGAGUGUGGAUAUUCUGCACAGGAGGCUCUCAAUCCCCUUCCCUCUCCCCCGGUCCCUCACUCCUCUACCUCAGGUGGACAACAAGGCCCUGCUCCGACCAAAGAGAGCAUGCCUUCCUCAAAUGGGCAUUUGGCGGGAAUGCCCAACAGCACUGCCACUGCAGGACGGCCUAAUCACGUCCAUCAGGGCCUGGCAGGUGCUGCUGUGCCCGAACUCUGCUCACCAGCUCAACUCAGUCCAGACAAUCUUCCGCUCUCAGCCUUGCUUAUGAGAAAAGCCAAUAGUAAUGAUGUUAGUAAAGACAGUGGGGUAGUUGCUCUUGGCACAACAGUUAACAGCAUUCACCUACAAAUGAGCUCUAAGACGCAGGAGAAUUCUGUGGCUUCAUCACCCUGCUCGGCCAUGUCUACAGCCACACCUUCGCCCAAAUCCACAGAGCACAACAGCGCUGGCAGCCUUAACAGUCCCAGGCUCAAUGGGAAAGGCUUGGAGGACUCACAAAGCCCAAUGAAGGUUGAUUCUCCUUUAGUCUGCUCUAAAGCUCCAACACCUUCGCUUGUUCCGUGGGCAUCCGUCUCCAUCUACCCAAGCUCCAGGGAGGUGCUUAAAGCCUGCAGGCACCUUGGGAAAAAUGGUGUAUCCACGAGUAGCAUUUUAUUGGACAGAUGUCCCCCUCCAAGGGUUCCUCCUUCACCCUUCCCUCCACUACCAAAGGACAAACUCAACCCCCCUACCCCUAGUAUUUAUUUGGAGAGCAAGAGGGAUGCGUUCUUUCCCCCACUUCACCAGUUCUGCACUAAUGCGUCCAACCCUGUUACAGUUAUCCGAGGCCUUGCUGGAGCACUUAAGCUGGACCUUGGUCUAUUCUCCACUAAGACCUUGGUGGAGGCCAACCCAGAUCACCUGGUGGAAGUGAGAACUCAGUUUUCUCAGCCCACUGACGAGAACUGGGAUGUAACUGGCACCAGGAAGACAUGGCGCUGCGAGAGUAGCCGAUCUCAUACCACUAUCUCCAAGUAUGCGCAGUACCAGGCCUCCUCUUUCCAGGAGUCUCUGCGUGAGGAGAAUGAAAAGAAAGGACAAAAGGAGCACUCGGACACAGAAUCCGCUCCUGCAGAAAGUUUGGUACGACGACGGAGAGGUCCCUUUAAGCAUAUCAAGUUUGGGACAAACAUUGACUUGUCAGACGAGCGAAAAUGGAAACUACAGCUGGCUGAGUUGAGUAAGCUGCCUGCAUUUGCUCGCGUUGUUUCUGCAGGGAACCUGCUCACUCACGUGGGCCAUACCAUCCUGGGCAUGAAUACUGUCCAGCUCUAUAUGAAGGUCCCAGGCAGCAGGACACCAGGUCAUCAAGAAAACAACAAUUUCUGUUCAGUCAACAUUAACAUCGGCCCAGGAGACUGUGAGUGGUUUGCUGUACCCGAGUCUUACUGGGGUGUUCUGAAUGACUUUUGUGAGAAGAACAACAUAAAUUUCCUGAUGGGCUCAUGGUGGCCUAACCUGGAAGACUUGUAUGAAGCUAAUGUGCCAGUGUAUCGCUUCAUCCAGAGACCAGGAGACCUGGUGUGGCUGAACACAGGCACAGUACACUGGGUGCAGGCCAUUGGCUGGUGCAAUAAUGUAGCCUGGAAUGUAGGCCCUCUCACCGCACAUCAGUACAAGUUGGCAGUGGAGCGCUAUGAGUGGAACAAACUCCAGAGUGUCAAAUCCAUCGUUCCUAUGAUUCACCUCUCUUGGAACUUGGCCAGAAACAUUAAAGUGUCGGACCACAAGCUCUUUGAGAUGAUCAAGUACUGUUUGCUGAAGACACUGAAGCAGUGUCAGAUGCUCAGGGAGGCUCUGAUAGCAGCAGGCAGGGAGCUGAUGUGGCAUGGGAGGACCAAGGAUGAGCCAGCACACUACUGUAGCAUUUGUGAGGUUGAGGUCUUUGACCUACUGUUUGUCACCAGUGAGAGCAACUCACGGAAGACGUAUGUGGUGCAUUGUCAGGACUGUGCUCGACGAGGCAGUCAGAACCUUGACAACUUUGUAGUUUUGGAGCAGUACAAGAUGGAGGAUCUCAUGCAAGUCUACGACCAGUUCACAUUAGCUUCACCUCUGCCUUCCUCCACGUCUUGACAUUAACAUUAACAAGUUCUGAGGAUAAACCCCUGGAACGCAACAUAACUCUUUCUGAUAUUCAGGAGUAGUGACCCAGUUCCACACCACUGGUUUCUGUAGCAAAUAGCACAAGGCUGCUGGCUCUAAACUGUUUGUCUAUGCAACCCAAAUACAGAGUGUCACCCCCACUGGUCUGGAGUGGGCAGUGGGCACCUCUCCAAUCUAUUCUCGGACUGUUUUGACUGGCUCAGCACCACUCCUUUAGAGGGAAAAGGCAAACCUAUAUACAAAGGACAAAUCAGUGAAAAAUCCUACAUAUAUUACAACUGGCAAAAUCGUUCAAACUACUGAUGUGUCUGUUUCCUUUUCUUUCUUCUCUCUUGUUUUGAAUCUGAUGAAUUUCUUUCCUUUCUUAAGAGAUUUAUGUAUGGGGUGAUACAUGACCAUAGUUCCUUGAAUUUCUUUCUCUACUAAAUGAGUACUAGGGUAGCUGGUCUUUUCUUAAAUUUCUUUAGGCAAUGAAACUGAAAAAAAGAGAAUUAUAAUGUGAAGGUAAUUCAUUUUUUUAAAAUCAGUUUAUAUGUUAG